AUGCCGAAACGUCCUUCAGAAUUGUUACAGCAGGUGAUGUCUGUAUUCAAAGGUCUGGAUAAAAAGUUGGAUAAGCUGCAAGAUGACGUGAACAGUCAAAACCAGACACUAACUGACUUGAGAAUAAUGGUUGCGAACUUAUCAGGCUCGUUUGACAGCGAAGUCAGAAAGAAACCUUCAAGGAAGGCAACAGCCGUUCAACGAGAUGUUCAAACAAAUAUAGAAGAGACACGAAAAAUAAAAUCAAAGAACAUAACUCAAUCUUUACCUAGUAAAAUAAAGACAAAAAGCAUGCCAGUACAAAAAAUCGGCUUAAAAAUGUCUGAACCUAAUGAGAAGUUUGUAAAGAAAGCGCAAUCCUCACCUGCUAAAGUGGGAAAACUUUCUACGAGAUUAUUAAAGGCGGAAGCUCCCCGAAAAGCUACAACUCUGAGGACUCAAAAAAAUAAAAUAGAUAAGAAGAGAAACAAAACCAUGAACUAA